AUGUUUCAGUCCUCGAAACCAUAUUCGGCCGUGACCGUGCAAAUCGAGGUCCUCACCAGCGAAACAUACGAAGUGGAGGACUCUAGCGGUAUCGUCGAUUUAAUCGAGGUCAUCCGCAUCCAGUCCAGCGGACCAACGGAGGCGAGUCGCGCCCUGCGCAAGAAGCUAAAGUACGGAAAUCUACACCGACAACUCCGGGCGCUCGUGAUCCUUGAUUUUCUCAUCCAGAACGCAGGCGAGCGUUUCCUGCGCGGCUUUGCCGACGAACCCCUUCUCGAGCGACUGCGCAUUGCAGGAACAGACUCCGUUUCCGAUCCACAAGUGAAACAAAAAUGCAAAGUUCUCUUCGGACAAUGGGCUGUCACGUACAAGGAUACGCCUGGAAUGGCUAAGAUUGCUGCGCUAUACAGACAGCUUCCCACGCGAAAGCAGCCCGCCAUGCAGGCCAAGGCAAAGGUGUUGCGGGAAGGGUCGUCAAAUCAGCCGGCUAUGGGCCAUACCGUCUCCGUGUCAGCAGGGAAUGGACCGUCCACGCCUUUGAGUAGUCCGAAGCACAAGAAUAAACCGAAGAAGGACAAGAGGGAGAAGAAACUGUCGAUUAGUGCGGGCAGGAGUUUCAAUCUGGAACGCGAACGACCGGAGAUCUUGCAGACGCUUGCAUCGGCUUCUGUAGCGAGUACGAAUCUGUUAAAUGCGCUCAAGCUUGUUAACCGCGAGACGACACGGGUGAGCGAGGAUGCGGAAUGCAUCAGUCGAUUUGAGAAGUGCAAGAAACUCCGACACCAGAUUUUGCGUUAUAUUCAGCAUAUUGAAAGUGAGGAAUUCUUGGGCGGGUUGAUCCACGCCAAUGAGGAGCUGGUUGAGGCGUUGAUGUCGUUUGAGGUGUUGGACAAGAGCGUCGACUAUGACAGUGACAGUGAUGACGAUGUGCUGGGUGGCAACUGGCGGUCCAAGUCUGAAUUAGAUGACGAGAUUAAUCACAAUUUCAGUGGACUGAGUAUUAACCCUCCUAAGCCGCCUCGUCCAACAGCCUUGGAAGAUUUGGAGAGUGAAAGUGAGGAAUCAGAAGAGGAUGACGAGGACAAUCCCUUUGGCGAUCGUAACGCGAUCAAGACCCCUGGAAUUGAGAAGACUGGCUUCACUUAG